GAACUCGCCAGGGGCCAGUCCCUGUGGCCCUGUUUCACACACCUCACCUCGUUUAACCUUCACGAGCCCAGGAGCUGAGUAUCAGCGUUGUCUCCAUUUUACAGGUGAGGAAACUGAAGCUCAAAGAGGUUCAAUAACUUUCCCGAGGUCCCCCCACACUGCCUUGAAUGGCAGGCAGGCUAAAGAGUACUAACAAAUGGCUUUUUAACUAGUUGGGGUUUAGAUUACUUUCUCUUCUGUCACAUACCUUGCUCUAUAAACUGCAACCUUAAAAAAUCUGAACACACUUUUCAUGUGUAUGUUUCCAAAGCAGUCAGUAGCUCUAUGCUGGGGCUUGUUCUAUUUUGGCACAUAAAUUGUUUCAUUAAACUGCAGCUCCUCUGUGAGUUUUAUUUGUCAUCCACAAAGUCAAAGAAACCAACAGAAGAACCCCUACCGUGGUGGAAAGCUAUUGCUUCCGUCUGCCCAGUGCCCCUCUCUGCUGGGAAUAGCACCUCUCCUUCCUGGGCUACUAACUACUCCUUCCCCACUCGGAGUGGUGGCAGAGAGCUGCCAAUCAUAAUAUCCUGCCCCUGACUGCAAAUGCUAAGAUGUAAUUCAGGUUGGGCCAAUCAGAGUCCUUUCCAGAGAGUUUUCCAACUAGGUGCUAGAGACAGAAAAUACUCACUGUCUGCUGGAACAGCUAUUAGCGACUAUCUCUGUUAGGAUUAGGCUUAGCUGUGGGUAUCAAAGGGCUGAAAACAGUAUCUUAAGAUGGUGUGUGUUUAUCUUGCAAGGCCAGCGCAAGCAUCACCUCAGUGCCUACCAUGUCCCCUCUCUGCUCACCCACUGGGUACCCGCUAAGGUCAUCCUACUGUAAGCACCUGUCACUCUCCACCUGGCUGGAAGUACUGGUUAGCUGAUGCUCCUAGGAGCAGCCUUCAGCUAAUGCAGAAUGGAAAUUGGACAAAUACCCAAGCCUCACAAGCAGCGGUGGGUGUGGAAUGGGAUAAUUGGGGGAAAUGUGGGCUUGAGGCCCAGUGGCCCAUAGCAGUAAUCUGCUCAUUCAUUAUCACACCCUGUAUUCAUUUCCCACCCUGCCUUCUCUCACUUCCCUACUCUCCUACCAGUGUUUCCUGAGAUCACCUCCCAGAUAAACUGCUUGUGUUCCAAUCCUUCUCUCAGGGAGGAAGGCUUCUAGGGGAGCCCAUCUUUAGACACGCUUGAAGCCCUCCCUCAUCCCAAAAGAAGGACUCUGCCAUCUCCAAAUACUGGCAUGGCAUCUUGUUUGUACCUCGAGUACAAUACCUCAUGGCCUACCUUGUAUUUAUUAAAUAUAGGAAGGAAUAAGCAUUUAUUGAGUACCAGGCCCUGUACCAGGUGUCUUGUGCUCAUUCAUUCAUUUAUUCACUAAUUCAUUCAUUCACCAAACCUUUAUUGAGCAUUUAUAUUGUGCCAGACAAUGAUUUAGGCCAAGGGUUGGCACACUGUGGCCCACGGGCCAAAUUAGGCCCACGCCUGUUUUUGUAAAUAAGAUUUUCUUGAAACACAGCUGUGCUCAUUUGUUUACAUAUUUUUAUGGCUGCUUUCAUGUUUUGGGGUUUUUUAAUAUUUAUUUUAUUUGUUUUUGGCUGUAUGGGGUCUUAGUUACAGCAUGCAGGCUCUUCCUUGCAGCGUGCAGGAUUCUCUAUAGUUGUGGCACGUGGGCUCCAGAGCACAUGGGGCUCUGUAGUUGUGGUGCAUGGGCUCUCUAGCUGAGGCAUGCAGGCUCAGUAGUUGAGGUGCACAGACUUAGUUGCCUCAAGGCAUGUGGGAUCUUAGUUGCCUGACCAGGGAUCAAACCUGUGUCCCCUGCAUUGGAAGGCAGAUUCUUAACCACUGGACCACCAGAGAAGUCCCACUGCUUUCAUGUUAUGACAACAGAGUUGAGUAGUUGUGACAGAGCCCAUGUGGCCUGUAAAGCAUAAGAUAUUUACUGUCUGGCCUUUUGCAGAAAAAGUUUGGUGCCCCUUGGAAGAGGCACUGGGGCUCUGGCAGUGAACAAAACAAAUAAAAGUCCCUGCCCUCCUGGAUGGAGCUUAUAUUCUACUGAGGUGGAGUCAAGGUGGGUAGAGGGUGGAUGUCACACAAUAAACCAAAAACUAGAUAUUUAGUAUGUUAAAUGAUGAUAAAUGCUAUGGAGAAAAAAAAGUAGGAAGAGAGAGGAGGAGUAUCAGGAGUGCUAGCGGGUGGGGCGGGGGCACUAUGGUGAAAAUUAGGGUGUCAGAAGUCCCAGCUAUGCAGCGGUCCCCAGCCUUUUGGGAACCGGGGACUGGUUUAGUGGAAGAGUUUUUCCACUGAGCAGCAGUGGGGAGGGGAAUGACUUGGGAAUGCUUCAAGUGCAUGACACGUAUUGUGCACUUUGUUUCUAUUAUUAUUACAUUGUAACAUAUAAUGACAUACUUAUACAACUCACCACAGUGCUGACAAGAGGCAGAGCUCAGGUGGCAAUGGCAGGGAUGGGGAGCAGCUGUAAACACAGAUGAAACUUCACAGGCUCGCCCACUGCUCCCCUCCUGCUGUGCGCCCAGUUCCUCACAGGCCGCGGACCCCUACCAGUCAGUGACCCCUGCUGGCUGUGAAUGUGACAUUCGAGCAAAGACCUGAAGGAGGUGAAGGAGUGAGCCAUGUGGACGUGGUGGGGAAGAGCCACCAGGUAGUGGAGCAGCAGACAGGAGGGCCCUGCUAGGGUAUUAACAACAGUUCCGUCUUUACUGAGCGCUAUGUACCAGGUGCCCUUCAAGUGCUUUACAUACAUAAUCUCACUCAAUUACUUAAAAGUCACCAUCUCAUUACACAUUUAAUCUUCCAAAAGAACGACUUGAAUAUAUUUCUAUUAUUAAUAUUAACGUAGAGAUUUCCGUUUACAAAGUUGUUUUGUAAUGUUGUUUGCUUGCUCUUUAUAGCAUUUCAAGGUUACUGACCCCAUUGCAGUGCAGCCAAAGACCAAAAAGGUCAAGUCCUUUGCCCGAGGUCACACAGCCAGUAAAUGCUGGCCUCAAAAAGCAUACCCAGGUCUGUUUGCAUCCAAACACUGCCUUCCUCUCUCUAAGCUGCCAACCUUGGAGGGUGUGAACUCCACCUGGCCACUCGUACCUAACCCAAUUCCACACCAAAGAGAAAAGGCAAAGGCUCAAUGGAAAGAACUCAAUUCCCAUCAUCCUUCCAGAUGAGAGUGACCAGGCAAAAUGCUGGAGUCAUACUCAGAACUCACAGACGUGUGAUCGUUUCCUCUGUCCUGGGACAUCUACACUGUGCCCCAGACUUCUGGCUAUGCCAGCGCUCUACAGCACUAACCCAAAACAGGGGUUCAAAAGGGAGUUGUUGGUUGACGGAUUAGCUAUUGGUGAGAUUUUGUUUCGUUGCAUUUUUAGCAAGCCUUUCUUAUGACUUAACGGAAUUAUUUAGAAAGAUAUUAAUUCAGCAAAUAUGGACUGAGAAUUACAGUGUGUAAAAAAAUUGAGAUUUACUAUGUAGGAAACCUUUCCCCAUAGUAAACAGAUUUAGUAUGGCAGGGCUAGAGAUGAACAGGACAUGGGCCUCCCCUCUGGGAGCUCGCAGUCGACGGGGAUGAGGAGACAGAUGUUUUGCAUGUGCUACAUGUGCUAUUGGCCAACUGUGUGCCUGGCAUUGUGCCAGCCAGGGCACUUUGAUCAUUAAAAAGAAUCAUAAUAAUAGCAAAUACUAUUGAACGCUGACUGUAGACUGGGCACUGUGCUAAGCCCUCUAUCUGGACUAAUUCCUUGGGUCUUCAUCACAGCUCCGUGGGGGAGAUGUCACUACUACCUUCAGGGUGAGGCAUCUGAGCCUCAGGGAGGCUGAGUUUCUCACCCACAGGCACAUCGUAAGUAGGUGACAACGUGAGGAUUUGCACUCAGGUCUGUUUGCCCCACCACAUGUACGCACUCAGCUGUGACACACCUGAGACAAUGGGCCAGAGGAGAGACUCACAUAAUUUCGAGGAGUCUCAAGAGAGGGGGAGGCCCUGCCAAAGGGGGCUUCCAGGGAGGGUUCCUCAAGAGGAUGCCUUUGAGGUGGUCCCCAAAGAGCAGGCCUCCAGCAGAGGGGAUCCAGUCAGACAGAAAUAGUCUGUUUGGGUGACUGCUCCCACAACUGUGGUUGUAUGCUUGAUAAAAUAAGUUGCCUUUGGAGGCUCCGAGUGGGAGAUCAGGCUGUGCAUCAGAUAGACCUGGUGAUGAGUCCUGUCUCUCCCUGUUACUAGUUGUGUUGACCACGCACAAGCUAAGUAACCUUUCCAAGCCUUGGCUGCCUCAUCUGUAAAAUGGACAUAACAGUGCCAUUUAUACCUCACAGGGUUUUAUUGUAAGGAUCUAAUCAGACAUGGGGGUAAAGUGUUUAACAUGUCCCUGGCACAGAGCAGGGGCUCUACAAAUGUCAACAAUGACGGUGAUGAUGUUUGGUGCCACACUGUUCAAUUCUGAGGAAUCCCGAUUUUAAAAAAGAGGCCCACCUUCCCAGCGCCCUUCUGGCCUCUAAUCAUCCUAGGCUUGGACACUGAACAAAUGAACAAGGGGAACUCUGGGCCCAAGGGGAAGAGGCCCCUGGAGACAGAAGGGUAGUGGCGUCCCACACAGUAGCCAGAGAGGGGAGUCUGGAGGAAACAGAGGCGGCAGCAGAAGGAUGGCUGUCUCCUUACGGUGGACGAGGGCAGCCAUUGGGUCCCCAGGGUCGGAAUGGGCUGGAACGAUGAGCCAGUUGUUUUCCGACAACAUCUCUCAUAGACCCGUCACAACAGCCUCACGUGAUGUAGUGUGUUACUCAUGAAGAAACGAGGAAGUAAGUGGCCUAAGGUCGCACAGCUGAGAAUUGGCUGGACAGGAUUCCCAGGCAAGGCCACCCUCCCACCUCCAGCCCAGUCUGUCUGGGCCCGGCUGGGCUAACAGGUUAGGGGGUGGGCUCAGGAGUCCAACCGGUGGUCUGUCCCAGUGAGUCUCUGGAGUCUGUCCCCUCCUCGCCCCCCACCAUCCCAGUCUCGGCCCUUACAGGAGUCUCCCAUCCGGCCUCUCUCCCCAUCCCCUUCCUCCAAUCUCAGUUCACACCUCACUCAGGCAAAGAAACACAACUGACCAUGCCCUUCCCUUUUGUGCAGCCCUUCCAUGGCCACAGGCCUGCCUCUCACACUGGCCAGCAUCCUGGGCAGCAUGACCAUCUUCCUGGAGUGACAAGUACACUUGUUUUCAAAUUAUAACAAUAAAUGCUGUAGAGUGGAAUGCAAAAUGUCCAGGGAUUCUUCUCAGAGGAGGAGCUGUUUUGCAUUAAGUCUCAAAACAGAUGUGUGUAUGUUGGCAGGGGUGGGGGUGAGGGAAGUAUCACUCUUCACAGAAAAAGUUUCACUGGCCUCAAAGAUGAGAAAGUGGCAGUCUGGUCUAGCAGGCCCUGGCACACUGGCACCUGCCACCUUUCCCGUUGUGCUUCCCUGAUGCCUGGGUGUGCUCUAUGCUCCAGCCAGAACUAUCUUGAAGCCUUCUUCCUUACAGCCAAUGUGAUUUAACUGUCCCUCUGACUAGAAUGUCUUCCUAUUCUUUUUGGCCUGAAAAGCUCCUAGUUAUCCUUUAAGGUCCAAUUUCACGUUGCUUCCUCUGAGAAGCCCUCCCUGAUCCCACCCCCUCUUUGCAAUGCUGCUCUCAGCCUCUUGCUCUCCCCUCUUCACAGCUUCUCACCACAGGCUGCUGUGACCUCCACUCUGAGAGACAGCCUCUCCAAGAGGUUAUGAGCAAGUUGAGGUCAGGGAGUUCACCGUGAACUUGACCUUCAUUGUUCAUUCAACACAUACUUGGAGACCCUCUCUGUGCCAGGUCAUGAGCUCUAUAUGCAGGGACAUUCAAUGUGUCCUCAGAGGAGCUCUGACCUGAGAGAGAGAGACAGACCAUCCAUUCGUUUAUUGAUUGAUGUAUUAAAACAAGCAAAAAGCAAAACCUCUUGCUGAGCCCCAACUGGGCCAGGCCCUCUGCUCAGGACUGAGGAUCCAGAAAAGAGCCAGACCUGUGCCUGCCCCCAAGGGUCUCCCAGUCCGGCCAGCAGCUGGUGGAAACCACUAAGUGCAUGGUGAGUCCACAGGGCUGCGGGGCACCAGGGCAAGUGUGGAGUCCUUCACUUUUGCUUUCUUGUGGAGGACAAUGAAUGAAUGAAUGGAUGAAUUUUUCUUUUUCUUUUUCUUUUUUUUCUGUUCUAGGGAACUUGUGAGGUUUUAACCAUGAAUGGACUCUCUAAAUCAAGGCACCCAAUAAAUGAUUAAUUAAUUAAUUGAUUAAAAUGUCACCCAGGAAUUUGCUAGCAGCAAUAGGGCUAUAUUCUGGUCUCCACUACCCUGGACUUUCUCAAUGGGGAGUAAAUCUGCUUUGACCACAGCUGGCUGGAAUGGACCCUGCAGCUCCUUGGCUACAGAGCCUCCUGCAAACUUACAGUAAAAAGCAGCAGUUCUCAGCCUGCCUCCCAAGGGGGUCGUGAGCAUUAAUUAGUUACCAUUGGGAAAGUGCUCUGAAGAUGUGGGGGUGUAUAAACACGGCAAGUCAUUAGGCCUCUCCAUACCACUACAGCUCUACAGCAGGGAACUGCUAAUUGAGAAAUAAUUAACACCUCAGGGUGCAGAGGACAGGAUGCCUGGCUUUUUCAGGAUUGGAAAGGAUGUAAUAAAGUACACAGGGAGCAGGUAGAAAUAUAAGGCUAUUUUGAACCCCGAAAUACACUGAAGAUUAUUCACCUCCUGCCGUCAGAAAGGAGGCAUGCGGACUGUUGCCCCAGUAAAACCAUAGGGACUACAUUCCUUGGGAAAGCCCCCAGCACAGUGCUGGGCCGAAAAGUCCGAGUGAUGCUCUUAGAGCAAAAGAGUUCGGUCUAGCCCAGGUCCUCCCAGCCUUCUAGCUCGUGACCAGAUGCCAGUUGUGGAACUCACCAAACUGUAUUUUCCUCAGUUGUAAGACUGGGAUAAUGACAUGUGUCUACCAUCCCCCACACCCAGCACCAGGUCGUCUGAUGCCUUCCUCUAGGUCAGCAGAUCUAGCCCAGGCUUCACGUUAGAAUCAUGAGGUACUAUAAAGUACUGGCCGGCAUCUUGGGGCUUGGGGGGCACAUGGUGAUUCCCAGUUCAGUCAAAGUUGAGAACCACUGGUUUGGUUUGUGUAUCAGGCACUGUGUUGGUAGCUGUGGUAAAUAAAGAUGUAAACCCUACCACACCCUAUGCUCCCCUCACACCAGCUCAUCAUUUCCUGAUUCUGUGCCUGUGAGUGUCCUGGACAUUCCUCUCCACUCCCACUGCCAUUCUUGUGCUGCUAAACCCACUCAUCCUUCAGGCUCAGCUUGAAGCUCACCUCCUCAGGGAAGCCCUCCUUCCCUGUGCUCCCACAGGACUGUCCUCAGCCCCCAUUAUACAACUGAUCACAUGCUGUUGCUCCUGGCAGAUUCUGGAGGGCUGAGAGCUUCUUGGGGACAGGAUCAGAAUAGCCAGUGUCUUGCACUGGCCUGAUACAUUUUAGGCAUGAAAUAAACUAUAGCUGUUAUCAGUUAGGUAGAGUUAUGAUAUGCAGCUCUUACCUCAGGACAUUUGCACUUCUUCCCUGUGUCUGGAACUUUAUUCCCCCAGAUAUCUGCAAUGCUCUCUCAACUCCUCAGGACUUUGCUAAAAUGUCACCUUCUCCACCAGGUUUUCCCUGAUCUUUCUAUUUUAAAUGGCAACCACUCGACCUCCAACCCUUUCCCUUCCCUAAUUAAUUUUCUGUGUAGCAUUUAAUACCAUCUUACUAAUGGAUCCUGUCUUUAUAUAAAAUUUUGAUAAUUUGUUCACCAUGGAGUUUUUGUAUUUUUUAAAAAUUUUAAUUGUAUUAAAUACCAUGUAUCUUGAGUUCUUUGGCCUUACCUUAAAUUUCACUGUAUUGGAUAAUUGACUAGAAUGUAAGCUACACUGAAUGCAUGAAACUUCGUCUAUUUUGUUCACUAUUCCCCAGUUUCUACAGGCGGCUGAUACGUGGUAGAUGCUCAGAAAAUGUUGUGUGAAAGCUUGAUUUAGUGUCUUAAAGAUUAAACAAAGGAAAAAAAAGAUUAAACAAAGGAGACUUAUUCCAAUUGUUUAAAACAUUUUUAAUUUAUUUACAUUGAAAGCCUGUAAAAUCAUAGGGUAGAUUCGAAAUCGCACGGCCUAAUGUUGUCAUGGUUACACUACCGCCAGCGGUUCUCCCAUUCCGAGAGUGGGACGGGCCCUGGCAGUGGGCGGGAACACCAGUCUCAAAACCUAGGCCAGGAGAAUUGACCAUAGAGUUAAACCUCCCUCAAUCCUAGAGGGCACUUCCGGGACGGUGAUUUACUUAUUGCUGCCCAGGCCAAUCUAUGAGCGCAUUCUCUCCCCUUCUCUAGGUUUCCGGCAAACAUUUCUCUGGCGUCCAGAGUCGGGUGGGGCAGUCCCUGUGAGCGAGGCUUUGUGAUUGGCGGGAAGGAUAGGAGGCGGGGCUUAGUGCGGGCCCGCCCCGGGCGCAGGCGCGGCGGUCCCGCGCGGCUGUCACAGCGCGGGCGGCGUUCGCUGGUGGUGCAGUUGGUGAGCGUGGGUGGCAGUGAGGUCUGAGAGCUGAGGGACGGGCGGGAGGCUGCGGAAUAAAGAGGUUCUGGGCGCGGACACCGAGAACCCUAGUAUCCGUUUUCCCACGUGCAUCCCGUCCUGGGAUUGGGGCGGGGUCACAAUCACGUAAACUCUUGAGUAAUACUCGUCUCCUAGUCGGUUUCCUCCUUUGUGAAACGGCAGGACUUCCUCCCUUGUUUGCCGCGGGUCGUUGUGAGUGGGAACUUGUUAGAAAUACAAGUUCUCUGCCCACACCCCAGACUUACUCAAACGCUGGGGAUGAGGCCCUACAGGCAGUGUUUUAACAAGCCCUCCAGGUGGUACUGAUGCUUGCCUAAAUUUCAGAACCACUGGGCUACCGUAAUGUAGCAAGCUGUGUUGAGGGGCUUCUCAGCCGAAGUUGAGACGGUGCGGGACAGAAAGGAGGGGGUGGGCUUGAGAGAAAUCUUGGAGACACAUUCAUUUGCCUUAGUAGGAAUUUCUGGCUUGUGCCAUGGGCCUGAGGCGGGACCUUAAGUGAUGGCUCCAGGUGUGAACCACGUGUGCCCUGCCUCCAGGGCCUGCAGUUUUCCGUGCAGUCACACUAGGGCUCUGUGGCCAUGCUUCCCAGCCGCUUUCAGGUCAUAGGCCACAUAGGAAAUGUUGAUAUUUGUACAGUACCCAGGGGAGAUGGAUGAAGCUGCUUGAGGUUGGAGGGGACCAGCUGGAGGACUGAGGCUGCUGGAAGCUGGAAGGAACCACCUGGGGGAUUCCAGCUUCCCAGAUCUGAGGGGAAUUAGUAAGCCUUUCUCAGCAUACUGCAGGAGAGCUUUGCUCAAUGGGAUAUGCUGAAGGUUAGAGGUGCUCAGUAAAUUGGCAUUAUAAAUCAAGCACCUUGAAAGCGUUUAUACCCUUUGACUCAGUCAUCCUGUUCCUGAAAAUCUCUCCCAAAUAUAUAACAAAAGAAAAGAAAACCUUCUGUUUGUUGUAGAUUACUUGUAACAGAAAACUGACAACUCUCUGGAGAAUGGUUUUUGAUCUGGUCAAUCAAUGAAAUGUUGUACUGCUCUUAGGAAUGUGUGAAUGUUUUAUAAAAUCAUACAGAAACCUAUGUGCUCAUUCACUAGACAAUGUCUAGUAAGCCCCUGCUCUGUGCUGAGUGGUGAGCAAGUUAGAUCUGGUCCUUGCCUGCACAGAGCUGACUGCCUGGGGGAAGACCCGCAGCCAAAGGAGCAUUAACUCCAAAGAGUGAUUGAUGUUUGAUAGGGGAUCAGGGGCUGCUGCAGGAGAAGCUGAUCUUUGGGGUAUGGGGAAUAGUAGGCUGAGCAAGGCAUCCUAGAGGGCAGGGUGGUACUCCUGAGAACUGGAGCAUGAGAAGACAUUGGUACACAAAAGGGAGAGGAGCAUUCUAUGCAAAGGGGACUGUGUGUUUUAAUAGCCUGCUGCAGCUGGAGCACAGAGAGAGCAAUGGUGAGAGGAGGCGAGAGGAGACCAGCAGCCAGCUCACGUGGGGCCCUGUGCACUGCGAAGGUCAGCAGCUUAGAUGUCAUUUUAAGGGUAGCAGGAAGCUGUUGCCAUAUGUGUUUUGAAAGUAUCCCCUGUGGCUGCAGUGUGGAGAAUGGAUUGGAGGAGGGUGGGCUUGGAAGCCCAAAUGAGGAGGCUGUUAAUAAUAGCCCAGGUGAGAGAUGUUGUUGGUGGCCUGGACCCGGGUGGAGGCUGUGGAGGUGGAGAGAAGGAACAGAAUCAAAAGCAGGUGAAGAGGGACUUCCCUGGUGGUGCAGUGGUUAAGAAUCCGCCUGUCAAUGCAGGGGACACGGGUUUGAUCCCUGAACCAGGAAGACCCCAUAUGACUUGGAGCAAUUAAGCCCGUGCACAACUACUGAGCCUGCACCGUAGAGCCUGCUAGCUGCAACUACUGAAGCCCGUGCGGCAACAAGAGAAGCCCUGCAAUGAGAAGCCUGUGCACCGCAACUAGAGAAUGCCUGCACGUGGCAAUGAAGACCCAACAUGGCCAAAAAUAAAUAAAUAAAUAAAGCAGGUGAAGAGGCGCAAGUGCCUCCCUGUGCCAGGGUGUCAUGGAAGGGCUGCUGACAAGAUGCAGAGCACUGCCCGCCCUGGCCACCUGCAGCCACCAGCUCUCGGGGUACGUGCCUCACAGGUUUCGCCACGGUGCCCCAGGGAGAGGGAAGCGCUUGGUGCUGUCCCGCAUGUUCCAGCCCCAGAACCUUCGGGAAGACCAGGUGCUCUCUCUCGAGGGCAGAUCUGGCGACCUGACCUGUAAGAGCCAGCGGCUGAUGCUGCAGGUGGGCCUGAUCCACCCGGCAAGCUCCGGCUGUUACCACCUCCUGCCUUACACUGUCCGCGCCAUGGAGAAGCUCGUGCGGGUGAUAGACCAGGAGAUGCAGGCCAUCGGGGGGCAGAAGGUCAACAUGCCCAGCCUCAGCCCAGCAGAGCUCUGGCGAGCCACCAACCGGUGGGACUCGAUGGGCAAGGAGCUGCUAAGACUUAGAGACAGACACGGCAAGGAGUACUGCUUAGGACCGACUCACGAGGAGGCCGUCACAGCCCUGGUCGCCUCCCAGAAGACACUGUCCUACAAGCAGCUCCCGUUCCUGCUGUACCAGGUGACGAGGAAGUUUCGGGAUGAGCCCAGGCCCCGCUUUGGUCUUCUCCGCGGGCGAGAGUUUUACAUGAAGGACAUGUACACCUUCGACUCCUCCCCCGAGGCUGCCCGGCAGACCUACAGCCUGGUGUGUGAUGCCUACGGCAGCCUGUUCGACAGGCUGGGGCUGCAGUGCGUCAAGGUCCAGGCGGACGUGGGCAGCAUUGGGGGCACGAUGUCUCACGAGUUCCAGCUGCCGGUGGACGUGGGAGAGGACCGGCUUGCAGUCUGUCCCAGCUGCAGCUUCUCGGCCAACGUGGAGACUCUGGACUUGUCGCAGACAAACUGCCCGGCUUGCCAGGGGCCACUGACCAAAACCAAAGGCAUUGAGGUGGGGCACACAUUUUACCUGGGCACCAAGUACUCCUCCGUUUUUAAUGCCCAGUUCACCAAUGCCCACGGCAAGCCCUCCCUGGCCGAGAUGGGGUGCUAUGGCCUGGGUGUGACACGGAUCUUGGCCGCUGCCAUUGAAGCGCUCUCUACAGAAGACUGCAUCCGCUGGCCCGGCCUCCUGGCCCCUUACCAAGUCUGCCUCAUCCCCCCCAAAAAGGGCAGUAAGGAGGAGGCAGCCGCGGAGCUUACGGGGCACCUGUACGACCACAUCGCAGAAGUGACGCCACAGCUACGAGGGGAGGUCCUGCUGGACGACAGGACCCAUCUGACCAUCGGAAACAGAUUGAAAGAUGCCAACAAGCUCGGCUACCCCUUCGUGAUCAUCACAGGCAAGAGGGCCCUGGACAACCCUGCACAUUUUGAGGUUUGGUGCCAGAACACCGGAGAGGUGGUCUUCCUCACCAGAGAGGGAGUUGUGGAAUUACUGGGCCAAGUACAGGUUGCCUAAACACCCCCUGGACCUCUCCCAGCGCAUCUCACAGCCUCGUUGAUUCCAGCGCUGCCUUUCCUAUGCUGCUUCCGGAGCUCGUCUCCUCAGAACCAGGGCAGCUCGUGGAAGGGGAGACAGUGGUAGGAAAACCAGUUGUUAUCCAGUCAUUUGUUCGGGCUGUUUGUAUUUAAAGUCGUUAACUUGAUCCCUUUGUCUCACUGGCCCUGCUGCCACACACCAUUCCUUUUAUAUUCUACUCUGGAAGCUUCUCUGCAGAGGGAGUGGCUAGAAGGAGCCAAGUUGUCAUCUUGGCCCUCAGGAGAGUCACUUCCCUUCUCUCAGCAGAGUUUCCCACAUGUAGGGCGGGGUGUCCCUGAUGACCGAGGCCCGUCCAGCUCCGGCAGGUGGCCCACCAUUCCUCCUCCGUUGAGAAGUUGGGCUGAGGGUCUGGGGAGAAGAAUCAGGACACCUGACUGCCACUGACUCACUGGUGACUUGGACAUGACCCCUCCCCUGCUGGGGCCUCAGUUUCCCCAUCUGUGACAUGGGAAAAUGGAACUAGAUCUGUAAGGUCCUCACAGCUGUGACUUGAUGGUUCCCUGAGAGGUCCGUGACAGGCAGAUCAGAUCUGAUCUGUUCCUCUGAUCCUCCAUCGUCUGAGCUACCCAGAAGGUUAAUACAGUUAGCUAAUGGCCCCAAAACCACCUCCAGAGACCUGGCCCCCCCUACGGAGGUUGCUGAGCACUGAAAUCGUUAUGUUGAUUGAAUAAAGUCAAACUAUUGGGGUGAGCCUUGCAUGUUCAUUGGAAACUGGUAACACCUGCCAUGUUAAGAGUGCGGCGGCUUCCUGCCUGGAGACUUUUCUUUUUCUACUGUUUCUCCACUCAAAAAAGGAAGUUGGGUGACUGGGAGAGCGUGUUAAACCAUUUCUUCCCGCAGCAGGCUUCAGGUGCCACGGUAACCUCAUCCUGGGUGCAGAGUUGGAUCCUAGAGCCACACACAACAGGAGUGAAUAUUAAGAGAAGGUCUCUGCCUGAGUCCUGAGGAGAACUGGCAGCCGGCUUGAGCUUUCAUCGCUCCGGCUCCCAGGAGCAGAAUCAGGUUCUCCAUCCUUGGCCCUCAGGGUCACAGCUUGUCCAAACCUAGCAAGAAUCUCUCAGGGCCAAAGCUCAAAGCCACUGGCUCCUGAAGCACGCUCGGCAGCUCCUGGCAGUGGUUCUCUCCUUGGCUCCCCCGUGCUCCCCUGCUCAGCACUGACGCCCUUCCUUCUCUCUUGGUGCGCACAGCUCACUGUAUGGUGGCCAGCCUUUUGCUGAUGGUCAGUUCCCUGAGGCCGGGGUCCUAGGCUGAUUCCUAGUGCUCUGAAGUUCUUGUCUCAGCCCGCUGUUUUGCCCGCCAAGUGGCUUCCCAGCAGCUUGCGACCACUGUUCCUGCCGGAGUAACCUCACCCCCAGCACACACCAUCAGGUUUCCUAAUGAAUGUAGACGCCAGGCCCUAAUGACUCCCAGGCCUGCCGCUGGGCUCUGGGCGGGCAUUCAGGCCGGGAGACAGGAAUUCUGAGAGCAAAUCUAGAAAGGCUGGAUUGUAGGCCGGGGUCUUAUCCUUGACUGCACGGUGGAAUCCCUGGGUCCCACCCCAAGGUUCUGUUCUGGGAUGUGGCCUGGGCGUCGGCAGUUUUAAAGCUCCCCAGAUGAUUUUCACAGAGUCGAUGGGGUGCCUUCUGAGGCCACAUUGCAGGGUUGAGUGUUUGAGUCAUUUUGGUUGUGCAUUGUCAGAUGAAGGUGACCUCUCUGCUUUCAGUGGUCUGGUCGUUCAUUUGCUGAGGGCCUGCAUGUGCCGCUGUGCUGUGAGGCACUUUCAUAUGCUGUGCAGGGUAGGUGCUGUGAAAUCCUCACUUGACAGGUGAGGAAACCUGAAGCUCCGCUUAAGCAACUUAAGGAUGCACAGCUAUUAAGUAUCAGAGCUAGAGUCUGAGUACUGACCAAAAACCUGUGCCUGUCCCACUAUACCACAUGGCCUCUGCCUGGGCAAAAUGAUUCCAGUAAAUAAAAUGGAUUAUUUAUGUCUGUCUAAUCAAGUUAGCCUGAAGUAGAGAAAUCAGAAUUCGUGCGAAUGGGUGCUGUAAAUAUAUGUUUUUAAUUUUAAAUUUGUGCUCCAUAAGCUUAUUUAUGUAAGGCUAGCCUGAUGUAAGAAUAAGCACUUUUAAAACUCAGAUUCAGGGAAUAGAGAACCAAUUAAAACUCUCAUAAAUGUGUAUGAUAUAGAACGAUUUGAGGGUGGUGUAGAAUCAUGGAACUUCAGAACAGGAGGAGAGCUUGGAGCCCGCCCGUCCAGCCCUUGUUUCACAGAUGGGAGACAGGCCUGCAGUGGGAAUUAACCUGUCACAACCUAUCUGACUGGCAAACCGCCUGAUUGCAGGCCAGGUGCUACGUCUCCUAAAUUAGGCUACCUCGGGUCCACCUUGUAGCAGGGAGUGAUGUCUGGCCGAGUCAGCUUUUGAGCUACAGAAGCCCUGUAGGUUUGAAACAGGUACCCAUCCUGUAUUUUCCAAGGGAUAUGCAUACAAGGAGCACAGUGAUUUGCUCAAGGUCAAGCUGAACUGUAACCCAGGUGUCAUAAUUACAUAGCCAGUGUUUCUUCCAGUAGCCAGGGGCAGUAUAAUUUGGUGGAAAGAUCAGAACCUUGAAUAGACAAUCCUAAAUCCACCACUUAGCAGGGAUGUGAUCUUAGGCAAACAGCUUGUCCUUUGUGCUCUCAGAUUCUUCAUCUGUAAGGUGCACUCAUGAUAAUGGUACCAGCGUCUCUGGGUUGUCUGAGGGUUGACUGAGCUGACUUACAUGAAAUGCUUAACCUUAGUAUGCUCUCAGGAAUUGCUUCCCUUACACAGGAUGACUUAGGAAAUACCCCCAUUUGGAGCUCAGGUUCUGCUGUUAACAUUAUCUCGAGACCUGGGUUUUGUUUUCUUGAUAGGUUGCUUCACAACCUUCCUGGGGAGAGCCACAAGCAAGAAUUAAGUAAUGCCUCAGAAUGGUUCCAUCUCCUUAGAGGAAAGACAGAAUUAUUCAAACCGUGUACCUUCCUCUCUCCUUUCUGAACUUGCCAAUUUUACCUCUUGCCAUAAAUUGAUGAAAUGGGGUUGCUGGCAAAAUAACAGGCACAGGCUGUAUUAUCACUGCUCAUUCCUUGGGGAAAUGGAGAAGCAACUGGCUGGGAAAUGUUUAGCGGAAUUAAUACUUGGGGACAAAGGCUGGUGCAUAACAAAACCAUCGUGUAAAUCAAGCUUAGAAUGUAAAUCAAGGGCCCCAUUAAUAUUCGGUGUUUUAAUGGAAGAAACACCUGCUGGGCUAUCAAUAAAGAAGCUUUGCAGAAAUCUUGAAAUUGUCAUUUCCUUAACUACUUGAGCGCCAGUCCUCUACACAGAGU